AUGACUUCAAACAGCACGCCCAGUCUAGAAGCACUUCUCCAGCGUCUCCAACUCCUAGAAGACAAAGACGCACUAGCAACCCUCCUCAACCGCUACUGCAACACAGCAGACGACCACAAAUGGGACGACUUCGCAGACUGCUUCAUCCCCAACGGUGUUCUCGGGUUCGAGAGCUGGGGCGAUGUCGUGGGCGUUGAAAACAUCGCUGCUGCUGCUCGCGGCGCAGAAGACAGAUUUCAAGGCCUACAGCACUCCAUGAGCAAUCUUCAGUUCACGGUUGAUGGAGACACGGCGGAGGGAAGAUGUUAUCUCUGGUUCUCUGCGACGAUGGAUACAAGCAAACCUCAUGAGUACCAUGCUUUUGGAGGACAUUAUAGGUUCAAGUUUCAGCGGACGGAUAAGGGAUGGAAGAUUGCUAGAAUGCAGCUUAAGAAGAUUUGGGCGCAGAAUGAGGAUACGGAGCGUGUAUUCGGAUAG